AUGGGUAUGGCUUUUUGCUCAAUAUUUUUCGGUGCAAAGCGUUCAGAACGAAAAGCACGAGGUAAGAAAGUGCCUGCAUGGAGAGUCUUUUCUCUGAAGGAACUACACUCAGCAACAAACAAUUUUAACUACGAUAACAAGCUUGGAGAAGGGGGAUUUGGCAUUGUAUACUGGGGCCAGCUUUGGGAUGGAUCACAAAUUGCAGUGAAAAGAUUAAAAGCCUGGAGCAACAAAGCAGAUAUGGAAUUUGCUGCCGAAGUUGAGAUAUUGGCCAGAGUAAGACACAAGAAUCUUCUUAGUCUACGUGGCUAUUGUGCUGAAGGGCAAGAAAGACUAAUUGUGUACGAUUAUAUGCCAAAUUUGAGCCUACUCUCCCAUCUUCAUAGACAGCACUCUCCAGAUUGCCUUCUUAAUUGGGACAGGCGCAUGAAUAUCGCUAUUGGGUCGGCCGAGGGAAUUGCAUAUCUUCACCACCAAGCAACACCCCACAUAAUCCACAGGGACAUCAAAUCAAGCAAUGUGUUGUUGGAUGCAGAUUUCCAAGCUCGGGUUGCUGGUUUUGGUUUCGCAAAGCUGAUUCCUGAUGGGGCAGCCCAUGUGACGACAAGAGUUAAGGGAACCCUUGGCUACCUCGCGCCAGAAUAUGCCGUGCUCGGUAAGGCAUCUGAGAGUUGUGAUGUCUACAGUUUUGGGAUUCUCCUGCUAGAACUUGCCAGUGGCAAGAAACCAAUUGAAAUACGAAGUACUUCAAUGAAGCGAUCGAUAGCUGAUUGGGCACUACCAUUGGUUAUUGAGAGGAGAUAUAGUGACCUUGCAGAUUCAAAGCUAAAGGGUAAUUAUGUUGAGGAAGAACUAAAAAGGAUGAUUCUUGUGGCACUUGUCUGUGCUCAAAGACAGCCUGAGAAGAGACCCACCAUGCUUGAGGUGGUAGAUCUGCUAAAAGGAGAAUAUAAGGAUAAGUUAUCUGAUUUAGAAAAGAAUGAAUUGUUCAGAAACCCUCCAGAUUUAGAAGACAAUGAUGGGGCAUCAGUUGCUGAAGAUAGUUCAGACUUCAUCUCAGAAGUGAAGGAAUCAACAUUUGAGAUGAAAGAGAGUAGUGGGCUAUAGUCUUGGCAAAAAUAGCUUAAACCAUGAACAUUUUGUAUUGUAUUUAUACAUAUUGUAAAGCUCUCUCAACUUGCAGUUUAUUGUUAUCGCGAUCCA